AAAUCCUGGCUCCGCACCUGUUUACAUGUUCUGUUGAUGGCUAAAGUUUGGUAGAGAAGAUCCAAACAGUCGAAUGAUGGGAGGUGGAGCAGAGCACUAGUUAUUAUGAGCCCUUGUUUGUCAACUCUGAGAUUUUUAUUAGAUAGAUGUAGCAAAAAAGAGAAUCUAAUUGCCCAAAUCCAUGCUCAGGCUAUAACCCAAGGUCUCUUUCGCACUCACCAAGACUUCGCGUGUAAGCUACUCAAUAUAUAUGCCAGAAAACUGAACAAUCCAAUCAAAGCACAUAGAAUCUUUGAUCAGAUUCUAAAUCCAGAUAUAGUUUCAUGGACUUGUCUCAUGUCUCUCUACUUGCACACCCAAGUCCAACAGCCCUUGAAAACGCUCUCUUUAUUUUCUGAUAUGAUCGUGUCAAUGGGGUUGAACCCAGAUGGGCAUUGCAUAGUUGCAGCACUUUCGGCUUGUGGGUCUGCUAAGAACUUGGUGGUAGGGAGGAUAGUUCAUGCGAUGGUGUUGAGAUAUGAAUUGGGUGGUGAAGGACCUAUUAUUUCUAAUGCUUUGAUCGAUUUAUACAGUCGAAAUGGACGAAUAGAUUUGGCCAGGAGAGUGUUCGACUUAAUGGUUGCAAAGGAUGUUGCUUCUUGGACGAGUUUGGUUAAUGGAUAUAUUAUGUGUGGUGAUAUUGUCUCUGCCGGGCAAUUGUUUGAUGAAAUGCCUGUUAGAAACGUUAUUUCUUGGACAGCUAUGAUUGUGGGAUAUGUUCGUAACAAGAAUGUUAUCAGUGGGUUAAAACUGUUUCAGGAGAUGAGAACCGAAGGUGGAGGUGGUGAUUACGAUAGUCCUACUUCGAUCACAAUAGUUUCUGUUCUUUCUGGUUGUGCUGAUGUCGGUGCUCUCGAUUUCGGUGGAUCAUUACAUGGAUACAUUAAUAAGAUACCUAGUCUUGUUACCGAUGUUUCAGUAAACAAUGCUUUGAUAGAUCUGUAUGCCAAAGGGGGAAGCCUUGAAUUCGCCAAAAAGGUAUUUUCUGAAAUGCCUCAAAAGGACGUCUUUUCUUGGACCAGCAUGAUUUCAGGAUUGGCUCUUCACGGUGAAGGAAGAUCCACAGUCAUAGUGUUUGGCAAUAUGGUGUCGAGUGGGCUGAUCCCAAACGAAAUCACAUUCCUGUCGGUGCUAUCCGCUUGCGGUCAUGAAGGACUAAUCAAAGAAGGGCAGUCAUUAUUUGACAUUAUGGUUCAUCAAUAUGGUCUCAAACCGACAAUCAAACACUACGGUUGUAUGGUGGAUCUUCUCUGCAGGGCAGGGCAUCUAGACGAAGCACUGGAGUUGAUCGAAAUGAUGCCUUUGGAACCAGAUGCGGUCAUUUGGAGGUCGGUUCUGAGUGGUUGUAUGAUAAAGAGAGAUCUACGGUUAGCAGAAAUGGCAGCAAAGAGAGUACUUGGGUUAGAACCUUAUGAUGAUGGAGUGUAUGUACUUCUUUGGAACGUAUAUCGGUUAACCAACAAGUGGGAAGAUGCAUUAAAGACAAGAAAGAUGAUGAGAACUCAAAAGAUUAAGAAACAGCCUGGUUGUAGUUGGAUUGAGAUCAAUGGGCUUGUUCAUGAGUUUACUGCAGAGAAUAUAAUACAUCAGUUUGGCACUGAUAUCAACACUAUUUUAGAGGUUAUAUGUGAGCAGUGCAGACCCAUUGAUGAUCUCUUUAUCCUCUGAUCCACAUAUAUCUUCAUCACAAGGUAAGUCUAUGAGAGCUUUUUCUGUUAGGUUUUUUAUGCUGCUAUUAGAAGCAAUGUUACAUUCAUUUGUUUAAUUUAAAUGAGUAUGUGAACCAAAAGUAUAAUAUAGUGCUACAAAACCAUAUAAAAAAAGCUUUGAAACGACUUGAAUACACGAUCUUUGGUAUCUAUGGUUGAAGAUUAGUUCAUUUCUUGCCAACCAUAUAUGCCAAACUCCCGAU